UACGUUUGUUUAAAUGAGUUCUAACAAUACUGAAAAAAAUGGGAGUAAAAGUGGAUCCAAAAAGAACGAUAAAUCGAAAGUUGAUCAAUCUAAUAAUGGUGGGUCAUCGGUUUCAACUAUGAUUGGUAGUACAGCAUCUAGUGGGGUUUCAGAUGUUAAUCAAAACUCUGGAAUGUAUGAGCAGCUUUGUGAGUUGAUAGAGAGUGAGUUGAAAUGUGCCAUUUGUCAACAGUUGGUUAACAAUGCAGUGAAUAUUAAUUGCUCGCACACCUUUUGUUUCAAUUGUUUGGCCCAAUGGAGACGAGAGACAGGUCGAUGUCCUAUUUGCCGAGUGAAUUAUUCCAAUCGAAGUCGAGUAUUGAUGGUUGAUAAUUUGAUUCGCCGGUAUUGCCAAUUGGCCAAUAUUAAAUUAGAAAAAGUAUCACCAAUUUCUAGUCCUGUCAGCUCGAGUGAUUCAACAAUAACCAACGAUUCAUUCAAUUUUAUCACAUGGCCUGAAAACAUUGUUUUACCAACUAUCAGAGAUGUUGGAGUCAAUACAUCACCUCGAUCUCAAAACAGUGGAAUCGUAGAGCCCAGUAGACAACUUCAAAUGGAAAUAUUUCAACCAAGGGAAAAUCGACCGGAGAACAAUUAUUUUAGCUCAGGAGUGAAUAGACAAACUCGUCGUAGAAGAAGAAAUCGUCGACAGCGCAAUCAAGCACGAGCCAAUCGUCGUGGUAGGCGAAGAAGGGGUAACCAAGAAUCAGAUGUACGUUCCCCUUCUGACCGAAGAUCUGAAGUUAGAAGAAGAAGAGGUGAUGUUAAUAGAUGAUUCUGAUCAGUGUAAUCAUGUACAGCACCACAAGAAAUAAUAACUGAUCGUAAUAUUAAAACCCAAUUACAUUCUCCACUUGGAUUUAAACAAAGAGAUUGGAAAUGUCUAUUCUCAACAUUUUUUUAAUUUUACUCGCCAAACAUCAAAUCGAUGGUUUAUAUCAGAAUUUGUGUGUAGCUUCAUUUUGGAUAAAGCGAAAUCGUCCGGACAUCCUUUUUGUAAUGGCAUAUCCAAUGUAUUCAUAGAUUGAUCCAAAAAGAAAAUUCUUCUAAUUCUUGAAUGGAGAAGGCCCAUGGAACACAUUAUACAAGGUUCUUUGGUUAAAUAAACGUCAUGUCCAGUACAUAAAUAAGCAUCAGGGUCGGACUCUGUACUUAACAGUGAUGAAUUUUCAUCAAGUUUUCCUUGAUUAUACCAAACUCCACCACCUUGAGUUGAAGCCAUUAAAUCAAUCAAAUUCAUUGAACAA